AUGGCAGACGGACUCAACGACGCACGUGCCCUAAGAGUGGCUGAGAUCAUCAACGACUACCGAACCCUCCUGGUGCACAUCUCCCAACAAGAUAUCCCAGUUCCCGCGGAAGAUAUCCACGAGCCCGGCUAUGAGGUGAUCCGGGAGAGUUUGACUGCUGCGCAAGCCCUAAUGUCGUCUAACUAUACCCCGGUCCCUCCAACCGGGAGGAAUGAUGCGGAAACCGAAAAGGCAGAACUUCGGAGGGUCAUACUCGAUGGAUGCGCCCGUCGCUUUCAAGCUCAUAAGAUUUACCUCCGCGCAGCAGCAGGGAGAAGAUGGUCUAUCAAUCGGGCAAAUGUCCUCCGAGGACAACGGCCCAACCAGACACAUACUGCUGGAUUGAAGCUAGUAAACGACACAUUCCGACAGGAAGAGAUGCCCCUCUUCCACAAAACUAAAAAGUUCCCUCACCCUCCUUUGAUUGGGACCUGUUUUUACUAUGACGCUGUUGACGGUUAUGAUAUCCCCACGAAUGAUUGCUAA